AUUUGAUUUUUUUUCUAUAGAGGUCGCAACUCAGAAUAAAAAAACGGAUUAAUUCCAACAUCAAACCUACUAGAUGCGACCUCUUUAAUAAAAGCUCGUUUUUAAGUGCAUGACACAUUAGCUUCUACAUCGAUUUCUCUUUCUUUCUUUUUUUUUCCUGUUUGGAUUGCGAGAAAAUUGGUAAAAAGUUGUAGAGAUGGCGAAGGAAAUCAAUAGGCUUAAUGAUUUAGAGAAGCCGUUGAUUACUGAAGAGCAAAACAUUGUUCACAAAAGUGAUGAAUAUGAUAGUUAUAAAAGUAGUGAUGAAAAUGGAUCAAUUUUCAUGGUUUUGCUUUCUACAUUCGUUGCUGUUUUUGGUGCAUUUGAAUUCGGAACAUGUGUCGGAUAUUCAGCACCUACACAAGCUGCUAUCAGGGAAGAUCUUGGUUUAUCUUUAGCUGAGUUUGCAAUGUUUGGUUCAAUCUUAACCAUUGGUGCAAUGUUUGGUGCGGUCACAAGUGGUCGAAUUGCAGAUACGAUUGGUCGAAAAGGGGCAAUGAGACUUUCAGCUGUUUUCUGCAUUGCUGGAUGGCUUGCUGUUUAUUUCUCUAAGAGUGGUGUGUCAUUGGAUCUUGGAAGGUUUGCAACUGGCUAUGGCAUUGGAAUUUUCUCUUAUGUGGUCCCUAUCUUCAUAGCUGAAAUAGCACCAAAGAACCUCAGAGGAGGACUCACAACAUUAAAUCAGCUCCUGAUUGUGAUUGGUCAAUCAACAGCAUUCUUAAUAGGAACAGUCAUAUCAUGGAGGGAACUGGCUCUGGCAGGACUUUUGCCAUGCAUUGUCCUGUUUGUUGGCCUUUGUUUCAUCCCUGAAUCUCCCAGAUGGCUGGCAAAGGUUGGCGACCAGAAAGAAUUUCAUGCAGCUCUAAGGAAACUUCGUGGUAAAGAUGCUGAUAUUACCGAAGAAGCUGAAGAAAUUCAAGAAUAUAUUGAAACUCUUCAAAGUCUUCCCAAAACAACAAUAUGGGACUUGUUUCAGAAACAAUAUAUUAAUUCAGUGAUCAUUGGAGUUGCAUUAAUGGUGUUCCAACAGUUUGGAGGGAUCAAUGGAGUAAGCUUUUAUGCAAGUCAAACUUUUGCAUUAGCUGGGCUUUCCUCAGCAAAAGCUGGAACCGUUGCAUAUGCUUGUGUUCAGGUCCCUAUAACUUUUUUGGGAGCAAUGCUAAUGGACAAAUCAGGAAGAAGACCACUCAUAAUGGUUUCUUCCGCUGGCACAUUUCUUGGGUGUUUUCUAGCUGGUACUUCAUUUUAUUUCAAGGAACAUGAUCUUUUGCCCGAAUGGAGACCAAUAUUAGCUGUUGCUGGUGUCCUGAUUUAUGUUGGAUCUUUCUCAAUUGGAUUGGGAGCAGCUCCUUGGGUGAUAAUGUCUGAGAUUUUCCCAAUAAAUGUAAAAGGAGUAGCAGGCAGCUUGGUGGUGCUAGUGAACUGGUUAGGUGCUUGGGCAGUUUCUUACACAUUCAACUUCAUGAUGACCUGGAGUUCCUAUGGCACAUUUUAUAUCUACUCGGGAGUCUCUAUACUAACAAUCCUAUUCGUAGUGAAGUUUGUCCCAGAAACUAAAGGGAAAACAUUGGAAGAAAUCCAGGCAUGCAUCAAUUCACAUAGAUAGAUGACACCACAAAUCAUCAUCUGCGUUACUUCUUUAGUUCCAUGCCCACAACUUCCCCUAACGUUUGACGCCAUGAAAUUUUAACUUUCACUUCUUUUUUUGCCUUGUGUAUGUAUGUAUUGUUUCAUGUCAGGUUAAUUAGAUCCCACUUUUAUUUAUUCCAUUUUUGAGCAGUAAUAUAAAGUGAAAAUUUUAUUC